UCAAAGUCCUUUAUAUACACAAAAAAAAAAUUAGUCCAAAAAAGUAACAUUCUACUAAUAUUUUGCUCUCUUUGUUCUUGUGACUACAUUUUUCCUUAUGGCUGAUCACCAAAAAAUUCAUCCGGUUUCGGUUCCAGAGCAGGAAGCGCCGCUACCCAAGCCCACAGCUCCGUUGGUUCCACGUGGCUCUUCCCGUUCGGAGAACGGAGAUCCUGAGCGCCAGCAACCACCACCACCAUUGAAAAGGUCAUUAACCCCAUAUUCUCCCUUGAAACCUCCAAAAAAGAAAAGAGGCUGCUGCAUAAGAUGCCUAUGUUGGACAUGUUGCCUAUUUUUCCUACUAAUCAUACUCAUAGGCAUCGCAGCAGCCGUAAUUUACUUAGUCUUUCAGCCAAAAAUACCAAAAUACUCUGUUGAUAGCAUCCAAAUUACCCAAUUUAACCUCAACUACGACUCGAGCUUGUCCGCGACAUUUAACGUAAACAUCACUGCAAGAAAUCCCAACAAAAGGAUAGGAAUUUACUACGAAAACGGAAGUCAUUUGAGUGUAUGGUACAAAGGCACAAAUUUAUGUGAAGGGAAAUUACCAAAGUUUUAUCAGGGUCAUAGAAAUACUACUCAACUCAACAUAAACUUAAUAGGAAAAACCGAGAACGCUACAAAUUUGUUACAGUUAGUGCAAGAAGAUCGACAGCAAGGCAAAAUUCCAUUGAAUAUUCGUGUGAAGGUUCCUGUGAGGAUUAAAUUGGGAAAAUUGAAGCUAAUGAAGUGGAAAUUCUUGUUGAAGUGCAGCCUAAACGUGGAUGAUUUGUCUCAGGAUAAUGUUAUUCGGAUUAGGGAUAAUAAGUGUAAGGUUCGUUUUAGAUUUUAAUUGGUACAUUAUAUUCUUGAUUACUACAGUCCACCACUAUUUUAUUUUUUGCCUACAAUAAUCAGGUGGAGUAUUGUAUAUAGAUUGUAUUAUUUUUUUUCCGCUGAGCUUGUUGCAAUAAUGGGAUGCGUUUAUGCAUCAUUCUUUUCAUACUACUUUGUAUUUAAUUAAGUUAUUAUAGCAAUAAAUUAUUCCACUUUGAUUUAUCUUCCCAA